AUGGGAGCCCUACUGUUAUUUCUACGAUCAAGAAAUUCACAAAUUCGACAGUGUUGCCAACAAAUCGGUUGUCAUCCUGAGAAGAAUAAUUUUGAAAAAUGGUGGAAACUAAUUAAAGUAUCUGAUCCAGUCAAAACGAGGGGAAAAUGCAGGAAUUUAGUGAUGGAAAUAGUCAGAAACUAUUCAAAGAUCAUCGUCGGAGCACUGGGAGCCGGAGCCGGAGUCACAUUCAUUGAAAUAUUUAAAGCAACUUCACGAUUUAAGAAAAAAUUGUAA